CGCAGCAUUCAAAUAGAACCUCGUUCUCUAAAAUGGCAACAACUAACGCGGGACAACGUUUCGCCUAAAUCUGACACAAAAAAUUGGAGCUCUUGGCGAAAAGCUUCGGGCAGCGAAAUCGAACAACGAACACAGAUUGAUAUUGAGAAUUAUGGUCCUCCUCAAGUUUCCGAGCAAAUUCCUGAGCAACAACAUAACUUGGAAUUUGAUAAUUUGGAGCAACGAGAAAAUCUGAAACCUCCUGUUGAAUACAGAGAUUUAAUUAAUUUUGAUAAAAAUUAUGGGCAUUUUGAGAAUGAAUCGAAAUACGGAAAUCGGCCUCAUAACGAGAUUGAUUUUCAGCAUAAACAUCCACAGAGAAAUGAAGGAACUAAGGAAAUAAAUGUGGGAUUUCAGAAUGAGGAUUAUGAAGGCGUGGCUAUUGAUAGCACGAAACCACGAAAGGAAAAUAUAGUUCUUUCGCAUAAACCUCAUCACAAAGUGGCUAAGUAUGAUUCUCGGUUGGGCGUUCAGUGUCCUGAUCACAAUUCUACAGGGCAAUUUGUUUAUCCGCCAGAUUGCAAGUUUUUCGUCAAUUGCUGGCAGGGUCGUGCAUUUGUCCAACCGUGUGCUCCAAACACUCAUUUUAAUCCGGACACCUUGGAGUGUGAUUUUCCACAUAAAGUGAGAUGUUACGAGAAUGAAUUCAUCGAUUUUAAAGAGUCAUUAGAUUCUGAAUCCCAAUUAGUUAAUCGGAAAUUGCAAAAAUUGAUAGAACCGAAAUGUCCACCGUAUUUGAUUGGCUUAUUACCACAUUAUGGAGAUUGUACAAAAUUUGUGCAAUGUGCGCAUGGUGUGACCUACAUUAUGAAUUGCGACAUUGGAACAGUCUUCAAUCCUACUGUUGGUGUAUGUGAUUGGCCGCGAAAUGUAAAAGGUUGCGAAGAUACUUUUAAAUCUGACGAAGAUGACAAAAGAAUGCCACUUACAUCUUUAAAUUCGAACUUUGGACGCGAUAAGUCAGCAUAUGCCGAAGUAAAAAGAAUUAUAUGCCCUGCGGAUUUUACAGGAUUAUUAGCUCAUCCAGAGACAUGCAAAAAGUUUCUCCAAUGUGCAAAUAGUGUUACUUAUAUAAUGGACUGUGGUCCUGGAACAGUCUUUAAUCCUGUUACAACGGUUUGUGAUUGGCCGUACAAUGUAAAGGGUUGCGAAGAUACUUCUAAACCUAACGAGGAUGACAAAAGAAUACCACUUACAUCUUUAAAUUCGAGCUUCGGACGCGAUAAGUUAGCAUAUACCGACGUAAAAAGAAUUACAUGCCCUGCGUAUUUUACUGGAUUAUUACCUCAUCCAGAGACAUGCAAAAAGUUUCUCCAAUGUGCAAACGGUGCUACUUAUAUAAUGGAUUGCGGUCCUGGAACAGUCUUCAAUCCUGUUACGACGGUUUGUGAUUGGCCGUACAAUGUGCCCAGCUGUAAAACAGAUAAAUCCGGUGAUGGAAUUUACAGGACAGGAGCUCGUACUUGGUCACCAUCUGCCGAAGCCAGAGGUAUCACGUCAUGGUCGAAUUCAGGCCCUUAUAAUCAUACAACUAACACUCGUAAUCAUAUUUUUCAAUCGGGAUAUAGCACGACAAAGAGUCCAACAUAUAGAUCAACAUGGAGACCAUUUACGACAACCUUAAGUCCACGAUGGAUACCAACGUGGACAACCGCGAGACCAUUUUAUAAUCGUUCCAUUACAAAUUAUCAUGAUCCUAACAGUCCUGUGCGUGGAGAAAAUCGAUACAAAGAUCAUGGAUCGCAUAAUUUAGGAUGGAAACCAAGUGGAAAUUUAGGACGUCCUUUCGGUGGCAAUUACGAUCCGAAAGAAGCGGAAAGUCAGAGAUAUGAUCAAGAACCACAAGGAACUCAUAUUCCCGAUCGUCCAGAAGGACCAUGGUUACAGGCACAUACAAAUCCAGAUUAUCAUUAUGGCUAUCAAUAUUAUCCUCAAGGUUACCAUCAUCAUCAUCAUCAUCAUUAUCACAAUUAUGGAUCUACAUCGAAUCCUUCGGAAAAUACAAAUUGGGCUAAUGUCGCUGCUACUAGUGAUCAACAAUAUAAUCAAGGAUACUACCCUUCAAAUACCGAUAGUAAUUGGCGUCCUAAUUACAAUUAUAAUCAUAAUUCUCGUCAUGAUUACCAUAAUUUUGAAAAUGCUGCAUCAGACAAAACGGAUCAGAGGCAGUUUCAACCUCCUGGAAGAUACGACGAAGAUAACAUUCAGUUUCACGACAGACAUAAUGAAACAAAGUUUGACACCGACGGAAAUAUGCCGGCAAAUCGACAAAUCGAUUAUGACUUUUCCUCGAAUAGACAAAAUUAUGAUAGGACGACUCCUGGGCUUUAUCAUCCUAGUUUUAAUCGUACUUCUUCAUCCGUUGGAAAUAUUUUUCCAAAUAGUGAUAAUAAAUCAACCGAGAGUUGGGAUCAGAUCCAGGAUGGAUUGAGACAAGACAAAUUAUCUCCUCCUUGGACAGGGCAAGAAAAUAUCUCUUGGAAUCAGCCAGAUAGAUCUAAUUUCAAACCAAAUACGUGGCAUGGUCAAGAAAAUCGAGGAGAAGUACAAACGGAAAGUCAGACACAUCCGUGGGAUCAAGGUACUGAUAGUAAUUAUGCAUCAUUCACAACGAGAACGCCAAUGACAACGACGACGGAGAGAAUUUCAAAUAUACAAUCUGAGCUAUCAAGGAAAGGAAGAGAUUUUGCAAAUAGUACGACAGAAAGAGAAUCGCAUAAUUUCGGUAUCACAAGCGAAUCCAAUUUACCUAAUGUUUCAAUUGAAGACGAUGAUUAUGGGAGCGCUAGCAAUACAAAAAUAAGUAAUGUAGAUUCUGCUACCCCAAAUGUUAUCGAACCCGACAUAAAUGAUUACGACGUGGAUGUAUUAGAUGACAAAAAUGUCUGGAAGCCCAGACUAGUUUUCGAAAAUAAGACCAAGACCACGACAGCUCCAUCGGUCAUUAUGAAAAUUGGCCCGAAGAAAACCGAUGUCGAACUUUUUAAUAUCGAAGCGGCACCAUUUAAGGAAGAAGAAGCUCCAUUCCCAGUUUAUUAUGUACAACCAGUGCAACCAUUGACUCAUUCAAAAAAAUCCGUUCGACCAACACCCAUAUCUGGUCAGGUGAUUCGCUUGAGAGGUGGUUCGGGGCCUAAUGAUGGCUAUGUUGAAGUCCAAGGUACACUACCUGGUUGGGGCAUUGUAUGCGAUUCCAGAAAUAGUUGGACAUUAAAAGAAGCUCAUAUUUUAUGCAGACAGCUUGGCUAUAUCAGAGGCGCUGAGAUGGCUUGGCAAGGCAGAAACAAUCGCAAUGGAGUGCCAACUUGGAUCGCUGCGAAUACUGUAACGUGUCUCGGCAAUGAGACCAGAUUUCAAACAUGCAAAUUCACACACAAUGAAGAAUGUCGCGUGGCUAGAGAUGCGAUUGGUGUGCGAUGCGUUCCUAAUCGUAUAGCACAUUGUCGCAAGGACGAGAUAUCGCACAAUGGACACUGUUAUCACUUGGCUCAUCCUGAUAACGGACUCAAUCAUGCCGAAGCAUUGGAGCACUGUACACGAAGGAAUGCACGACUCAUCGACGUCACUAGCCAGGCGGAAAACAACUUUGUGUCAGAGUUGCUAUUGCAAUCGUAUCCGGAAGUUAACUCAAUCAUGACUUCUGGUUUCGGUUUCACCACAAUGAAUCGAACCUUGUGGCUCUGGGCGGAUUCCGCGCGUGCUAAAUUCAAAUUUACAAAGUGGUGGCCUGGAUGGAUGAAUGAUACGAAACAACCACCAUGGGUAGGCUAUCGUCCUCUUUGUAUUGUGAUGAAACGAAAAUUUCCGUGUUAUGAACGACCUGAGUCGACGUGUGAUACAGAUUAUUUUUUCUGGGACACUGAAGAUUGCGCAACUGCUUCGCAAGGGCAUUUCUUUAUUUGCAAGAGACCUUACGAUGAUAUUGGUUGCGUAUACGGAAAAGGAAAUCAAUACACUGGUAAAGCCAAUGUAACAAUAUCAGGAAAUGCAUGUCUUUCAUGGGCCGAUGAAAGAAUUGCACAUCAAUUACAUGUGAAUGUUGUUAAUAAAGAAGUUCGGGAUAAAUUAAAAACGCAUAACUACUGCAGAAAUCCUAAUCCAGGAAAGGAAUCAAGACCAUGGUGUUUUAUAGUACCUGGAAAGUAUGAAUAUUGCGAUAUUCCUGCCUGUGGAAAUAUUGAUCCAAGACGGUCAAUGUUGACUGGCCAAUGCAAACCUAAACAUUUCGAAUGUAUGCCAGGAGAAUGUAUCCCAUCCCCAUGGGUUUGCGAUGGAGAGGAGGAUUGUACAAAUGGAGCCGACGAAAGAAGAUGCAUGUUGGAUCUUAGUCUCUUUCAAAAAUCUGCAAAACAUAAACUUGAGGGCUACGAUGUGGAAAAAUGGUUGAACACACCGUUGAAAACCUGUGCUCUAAGAUGCAAGGAAGCCGAUUUCACUUGUCGCUCGUUUAAUCACAAAUCGAAUGGUAAUGUGUGUUUAUUGAGUAACAGCAACAUUGGGUUGACUGGUGCUCUUAAGCCCGAUAAGCAGUUCGAUUAUUAUGAAAUGAGAGAGAGAAGCAUGAACUGCAAUGACAUGUAUAUCUGCAAUAAUCACAAAUGCAUAAAUCAAACACAAGUCUGCGAUGGCAAAAAUGACUGCGAUGAUCGCAGUGAUGAGAAUAUCUGCACUGCUGAAAAUCUUGAUUACGAUAUUCGCUUGGCUGGUGCAAAUAACAGUUAUGAAGGUCGAAUAGAAGUAAAAAUUUUAGGACAUUGGGGACAGGUAUGUGACGAUGGCUUUGGAAUGAUCAAUGCUGACGUCAUCUGCAAAGAGCUCGGUUUCGAUCUCGGAGCUUUGGAAGUCAGAUCGGGUGGAUUCUAUGGAAAUCUCGAUCCACCUACGAGAUUUAUGGUGGAUCAGUUGAAGUGUCGGGGAAACGAGACUACACUACGAGAAUGCGAUUUUAACGGAUGGGGAAUCCAUAAUUGUCAACCGGAAGAAGCUGUUGGCAUCGUAUGUAAGACUGCGGUCAAUACCUGUCAGGAAGGUCAUUGGAAAUGCGAUAAUAGUCCUACUUGCAUACCUACCCCAUUUAUUUGUGACGAGGUAGUCGAUUGCCCAGAUCGCUCCGAUGAGAGUCCGGAACAUUGCGAUGCACCGUUCGAGUUGCGCUUGGCAAAUGGUAGCAAUUCUUUGCAUGGAAGAGUAGAAGUGCGUCAUCACGGUGUAUGGGGUACUGUAUGCGACGAUGAUUUUACGAAUGCCACGGCAACUGUUAUUUGUAGAUCUUUGGGAUAUGGUGGUAUCGCAAUCGCCAAGAAGGAUGGCUUUUUUGGACCUGGCCAAGGACCUAUAUGGCUUGACGAGGUAUUCUGUCAUGGAAACGAAUCGCAGUUAUAUCGUUGCGAGCAUAAUCACUGGGGCCAACAUAAUUGUGAUCAUAAUGAGGACGCAGGUGUAAUUUGCUCACCUGGAAAUGUUAACAAUGCUGAGUCAUACUGGAUAAACAACCCGGAACUUCCAGAACGAAACAUCGACGAGCUACUUCCGUCAAAUUGUGGUCAUCGCGCCAAAGAUUUUAAUGACGAUGAUGAUUUGAUAUUUCAAAAAGUAGUACAUGGUAACGUUGCACCAAAAGGCACCUAUCCUUGGCAGGCCAGCAUACGAGUCCGAGGGCAUAGUCGAUCAAGUCAUUGGUGCGGUGCGGUCAUGAUAUCGCCUCUACAUCUACUAACAGCGGCACAUUGUCUGGAAGGUUACAACAAAGGCACCUAUUUUGUUCGUGCGGGAGAUUAUAACACGGAUAUAGACGAAGGAACGGAAGCGGAGGCCAACAUCGAGGAUUACUACGUGCACGAGGAAUUCCGCAAGGGUCACAGGAUGAACAAUGAUAUCGCUUUGAUUCUACUUAAAGGCCACGGUAUCUCGCUUGGCAAGGAUAUCAUGCCAAUUUGCUUGCCGCCCGAGAACACCGACUAUUCACCUGGACUCAAUUGCACAAUCAGCGGAUUCGGAAGCAUCGAAACGGGAAAGACGACGCAAUCAAAGGAUUUACGGUAUGGCUGGGUACCUUUGUUGGACCAAUCAAUCUGUCAGGCUAGCUAUGUUUACGGCGAAGGUGCUAUAAGCGAGGGAAUGAUGUGCGCUGGAUAUCUUGACGAGGGUAUCGAUACGUGCGACGGCGAUUCCGGAGGUCCUUUGGCGUGUUAUCAUAAUGGAGCUUUUACUUUAUAUGGAAUAACCAGUUGGGGUCAGCAUUGUGGCAAGGCAAACAAACCUGGAGUUUAUGUUCGCGUUGCGUAUUAUCGUCGCUGGAUCGAUCAAAAAAUUAAAGAAUCACUAGCGGGUAGAUAAAAUUUUAAAUCACAAAAUUUUUAAAAAAGGAAAACGUCUGUGUGUGUAUAUGUGUGUCUGUGUGUGCUACUUAUUAAUUUGUUUAUAAGAAAAGUUAAUACAUGUCGGGCCAAUGUACAUAAACAACAAUUGCGAAUUAUAAUUCUAUUAUUAUUUGUAAAUAUAUUAUAAUAAAAUAUUUACUUUGUUGUGUUAUAUAUAUUUUAUAGGAGAA